AUGGAGAUCCAAAUUCCUUCCCCAUCGGUCUUCCUCAAGAAAUCGCCUGUUAUCAGACCCCAGCCAGAUCCCCCACCUGUGAAGAAGCCUGCCAAAGCCCGUGCCGCCGACAAGCCAAAGCCUUCGAAGGCAGCCGUCGCACAGAAUACCGCUCAAGAUGCCGCUAUCGUGAAGCCCAAACAGAGCAAAAGCAGAAAUGGAUGCAUGACUUGCAAGAAAAAGCGUUUAAAAUGUGAUGAGACAAAGCCUACAUGCCAGCAAUGUGCUAAACGUAAUGUUGCUUGCGAAGGCUACAAAAAAGACUACAAGUGGCGAACUUUCGAUGAGGCCAAUGUACCUAAGACAGCGCCAAAGCCGAAGAAGAACCAUGUUCGCUCCCACUCAUUCACUCCAACCAACGCCCAGCCACGGCCUCUCACUCGCAUCCAGACGCAAGACGACCGUGUCACUGCCAUCCCAAGUUCAAGCUGGUCGCCAGGCAAUCUUCUGGACAAAGCUCAGCGCAACGAUGCCAUUCGACCAGACGAGCCGGAGGCUGAGAGUGCUGGUGUGCAACCAGAUCCGUUGACUCCAGGUCUGAGUAACCUUCCACCCUUGGAACUUCCUGAGAUCCCGAAUGACCGUCGACCCUUCUCCCUGCCGAACACCAGCCAUGUGUCUUUCGACGACGACUAUGCUGGCGGCUCGACCGGAUCCAUGGGCUCCGUUUCGCCCGAGAUUCCAGAGCUCUCGCUCCCCGGCAGCCGUUCCGGCCCUUCUCAGAGUGCGGAUCAACAGAAGUCGCCUGAAUCAUUCGAAGACCUGCUCAACAGCAACGUGUUGGACGAUACUCAGUCCCCACUCCGCACUAUCAAUCCCAACGAAGUCCAGAAUUUCGGCCCCUUCCGUCAACCAUCUCCUGCACUGUCCGAGAGCUCACGUCGCUCCGAUGCCUCCAACCAGACUCUUAUGAACUUCCCACCCACUGAUCCUCGCUCGCCGGCAAUGCUUUUCCACCGGUACGAUACCCAGACAUGUGGCAUAAUGUCGGUCAAAGACGGGCCGAACGAGAAUCCUUGGCGUAAUUUGAUCGGUUCAAUGGCAAGGAACUGCACGGCUCUUCGACACGCUGUAUAUGCCAUGACUGCCUUUCACGGGCGCCAUGAUGUCCCAGCCCUCGGCCAGCUCGGCAUAUACCACAUGCGGAAAGCUAUUCAAAAACUCCUCGGUGGUAUGGGCACCAUUCCUCUCGAUGCUCGCCUCGCCACAUCCCUUGUACUCGCCUUCUCUGACGGUUGGGAUCGCUCAGUCGUCACCGGAAUCCAGCAUCUGCGUGGCGCUCGUCCCAUGAUCGUGGACAUAAUCGCCCAGUUCCGUCACGACUUCGAGCAUGAUCAAUUGAAUCCGCGGGAUCUACACAACUGGCGCUUCCUUUGUAACACCUACAUGUACAUGGAUGUAAUGUCUCGCCUGACCAACAUGGAGCACUCCGACGACGACCUGAUUGACGACAUUGUCAAUACCGUUAAUCAGCCAUUCAACGAUCUUUUCGAGGUUGACCCACUUGUUGGCUGUGCCGUUGGCCUCUUCCCGUUACUCGGUCGGACCGUCGAUUUGUGUCAAGUUGUGCGAAGGUCCAAUAAAAUGGGCUUGACCACCAUGUCUCGAGCCAUCGAGCUCAAAGAACAACUCGAGCAGUGGCAAGCACCCAAUGGCUCCAUGUUUGAACGACCCGAUGAUCGCACCUCGGAUGUUGCGCACAGCAUUCAGACAGCGGACGCGUACCGUUGGGCGAUGCUGCUUUACCUGCAUCAGGCAGUUCCGGAGAUGCCGUGCCCACCUGUCGAAGUCCUCGCUAGGAAAGUGCUCAUGCUGCUCGCAGGUAUCCCGCGAACGAGUCGAACGAUGGUGAUUCAGAUCUUUCCUCUGUUGGCAGCGGGCUGCGAGGCGGAUUCGGAGGAGGAUCGUGAAUGGGUCACGGAUCGCUGGAACCAUAUGCGCGAAAGGCUGAGGAUCGACAAAGUCGAAACGUGUUACAAUAUUACGAUGGAGGUGUGGGCGCGCAGGGAUAUGGCUGAGGCGGAGAAGCAGGCUCGGAUGACCCGCUUUGCAAACAACAACUCUGCAAGACAACAGCCCGUGAGCAGAAGUGGCGGUCUUGACUUUAGUCCGCCAAACAUCACGCGCAGCACUUCUUCUUCGCGCAUCCAGCAGCAGCAACAACAACAGCAACAAAAUGAGGCCCUUAGUGGCGGUGGUGGUGGCAUUGCAGACGAUGGACUACUUUUUGGCUUUGAUGAUCCGCAAAGGAGCAGUCCGAUGAGCGGGAGGAGAGUUACCUUCGACAACAUGCCCAUUAUGAUACCCACGCGACCCGGGCUGAUGAAUUUUGGGAGUGGUGGCAUUGGCGGUGCCAACAACAACAGUAACAGGAGAGCAGGAGAGGAUUUCGUGGUCGAUAAACUCGAGUUCGAUUAUACAGUCAAAGGGCGGUUGCAUUGGCUGGGCGUCAUGAUGGAGCAGGACUGGGAAGGUAAGUCUUUGCUGAUUACUUUUGUACCCGCCUAUUCCUGCUCGACUUUUUUCCCUUAUGCCCAACGCUAUGCAAACAUCAUCAUGUAUAUCGCAAAUGGCUGA